UCUCAAGGAGAAUUGGGAUAUAGGCAGAAAGGUAGCUAAGGCUAGAAAAUGCCCGCCAGGCGCCAGGCUUUGCACAAUUGCACCCCCAGCUAUUAUAUAGUAUAGCUGCAUACCUUUACAUUCCCCGUAUUUCAACAGAAAUAGAAUCAACACCUCUCUCACAUGGAUUCCAUUCCGAAGGAGCUAGACACAGAGCUUCUCCCUUUCGUCCGUAUCUACAAGGACGGCUCGGUUGAGCGGCUCAAAGGCUCUCCUUAUGUGCCCCCAUCGGCUCAAGACCCAGAAACCGGAGUCUCAUCCAAGGACAUCACCAUUUCACUCAACCCCUCCAUCUCCGCUCGACUCUACCUCCCUAAACUCGACCAAACGGCCCAAGCCCAACACCAAAAGCUCCCCAUCUUGGUCUACUACCACGGCGGAGGCUUCUGCAUAGAAUCCGCCUUCUCCUCCGACCACCAGCGGUUCCUCAACAGUCUGGUCGCCCAAGCUCAAGUUGUCGCUGUCUCGGUGGAGUACAGGCUAGCCCCCGAGCACCGCCUCCCCGUCGCCUUCGAAGACAGCUGGGCUGCCCUCCAAUGGGUCGCUUCUGCUUCCGCUUCCGCUUCCGCUCCCAUCAAUGAAGAGCCGUGGCUGGUUAAUCACGGCGACUUUAAACGAGUUUUUAUUGGCGGUGACAGUGCAGGAGCCACCAUCGCUCACAACACUGUCAUGCGAGCCGGCGCGGAGAGCUUGCGUGGAGGUGUUAAGAUUUUAGGAGCUUUUCUUACCCACCCUUACUUCUGGGGGUCGGAGCCGGUAGGGUCCGAGCCUAGUGAAGGACAUGACAAAGCUUUGCCGCAGGUUGUCUGGAACUUCACUUACGAAGCGGCGCCUGGCGGUAUUGAUAAUCCGAUGAUCAAUCCGACCGGCCCGGGAGCGCCCAGCUUGGCUGGACUUGGGUGUUCCCGGCUGCUGGUGGUGGUGGCCGAGAAGGAUGAGCUGAGGGAUAGAGGUGUUGUUUACUAUGAUGAAGUCAAGAAAAGCAAGUGGGAAGGAGAAGCUGAAUUUGUUCAAGUGGACGGGGAGGUUCACGCUUUCCAUGUCCUGCUGUUUGGGAGUGAGAAUUCCAAGAAUUUGAUCAAACGUUUGGCUUCCUUCUUGAAGUAAUUACCUUUUUUUUGGGAGUUAAUUAAUUGUGUACUUUUAUUUUCUUGUUCAUGCCUGAGUUUGA